UCGGAAUUACAUAUAUUGUUAUUUUUUUGUUCUGCAAACUUGUGACUUAACACAUUAAGUUAAGUCAUGAAAAUUCUUAACAGAAUUUGAGUCUGCCAAUGAGGUUUAGCUAAGCUUUAGACAAUUUUUUUAAACUGUCACUUUCAUUUUAAACUUCAAUAUCAGAUGUAUUGGAUGCCCCCUUUUCAUCUACCCUAACUUUUGGACUCAAUCAUUGUGAAUUUUCUUAAAAAUUAAUAAAAAAACCUUUUAAAAUAAUUAAUUAAAGCUUAUUUUUAACAUAUUCUAUUAAAUAAGACAUUAAUACUUGUUUGUGCAGCAAAAAAUUGUUAAAGUAUAUUCGAUUAAACAUUUUAAGUCUAUCGGUAUUUGUUUUACUUAAAAAGUGAAUUGUCAGUGCAAAAAUCCUUCAUUGAAUUAAUUUUUUUUCAAAUGUAGUGCGAUAUGGUCUAUUUUACUCUUUUUAUACUCUAUAUUAAUCUCCACUUUUGUUACUGUUUUCCAAGUAAAUUUUCAUCUAUUGGUGAUAAUGCUUCUAUAGUUUUGUGUUUGCUAGCAGCAGCUUUUGGGACCAUUUCCCUUAUUGGAGCUUGCGCUAUCUGUUUUAGAAGAAAAAAGACAUUUGAGCUUGAGCAAAAAAAUGGGACCUUGAAACUUGAAAAUGAAGCCGGAUCACCAGAAAAUAUUAAAAAAAAUGAAUAUCCUAUAUUUCGAGCCCUUUCGACAGAAAUAAAUGAAUCUUCAGCGAUUGUACCAUGUGAAAGAAAUAAUCUUUCUCGCGAUAAUCUUCUGAUCUGUUCUGAUAAUCUCGACGAAAAUGACAGUUUAAGGAAGGAUGAAUGUGUUGACAGUAGUGGCGUGAUAUUGUUAGAAAAAACUCCAAAUUUAUCGCAAAGAGAAAGGAGUCAACAAAUAUCACGGGAUACGAUUUUAUUUGAGACUGAGAAGAAGUAUCAAUCCCCUUCAUCAAAGACACCAUUAUUGUAUGCCAAAAAUGUUCAGUCGUAUCAAGAACAACAACCGAAUCACGAUCAAAUUCAUCAGAAAUCAGGAGCAGCUAUUCUUUUGUCGCCAGCUACUGAUUCACAUAAUGAUUUAUACGAUUUAAAAAAAGAAAACAUUAAACCGUUGAAUUUAGUAUCGGAAAAUGAAACAAAGCUAGUCCAGAAGAAUUUAUCAACAAAUGAAUCUUGUCUCACAUCUUCAAAUCCAUUCUUUAAUAGUAUAACUGAAGAUGAUACUGUCAAAGAGGCUAAUAGAGAUGAUGCGUCAGAAAUUGAUAGUUCUAUUAACGAUACUAGUGAGAAAUAUCAAAUUCUAGAAGAAGAAACAGAUUGUGAAGAAGUGAAGGCUAAUGAUAGUAUUGAAGAUCUCCCGACUCGUCUUGAGCGACACAACAGCAAAAACUCGAAUUGUUCUACUGGUGAUAAAAGUAUUGAGGAAGCAUUAAGAGCAUUGGAUAAUGCGAUAGGCUUUGAGGAAGACGAUGACGAAUUAGAGAACAUAGUGAUCGAUAGUGUUGCAAAAGUCGAUUUCGAGGUGAUUAAAGAGGAAGCAACCUUUUUGGUUGAUUCGAUUGUUAGUGAUUGUGAAAAAAUAUUAAAGCAAAAAGAAAAUGCCAAAAAUGAGAACAGCAAACCGCCUGAGAUAUGCUUCGAAGAUUUUUUAACAUUACGUCCACAAGAUAUUAGUACACCCAGCACAUUGAGAACGUCUAAAAUAAGUUAUGACAAAAUGUCAGAAAGUAAUGAUAUUUCAAAGGCACUUUUUCCUAAUAAUAUCAAUUCAUUGACAAAUGAAAUAAUUAAUGGCACAUUCCCAGUUCCACUCGAAGAAAAUAAUCAAACAUUUGAUAUUCCAAAUGAUAAAACAUAUGAUCCAAAACUAUCAAAUUUACCAGCAAUAAAAAUUGAAAAGGAUAUGGAAGAAAUGAACUCGGAAGAUUUAACAACAAUUACUCCCGUAAAUACGCCAAUAGAACUAAGCUAUUCAAACGAAGCAUGGAAUAAAAUGACAUGUGAAAAAUCAACAUUUGUCUCAAACAGUGAAGAAAUCAAAUUUAAUCAUGAUGGAUGGUUUUUGCAUUCCCACAAUAAAAACGAUACAUUUGAUGUUGAAGAAGAAAAUGAGGACUUAAAUAUCGAGGAUAUGACUUCAACUUUUGAGCAAUUGAAGCGACAAUUAACUGAAAUAUUACCAAAUUGUGCACAAGGAAUGGGUGCACAUAAUGAUUUCUUGGACGACGAAGAUAUCAAUAGGGACUCAACUUCGCCAAGUGAUAAUUAUGGUAUUAAAUAUGGGGAGCUCGAUGAAGCUUCAAAUGCCGGAUCAUUUGAUUUAAUUGGACACAUUUUAAAUCCUGAACCAGUGACCGAACUGAAUAUUAAUUAUAAUAAUUAUAACAAGAGACCUUUAUCACCAAUUUUAGAAGAGUCGGAAUGUGAUGAAACUUGUAGAACAUUCGUAUUGAAUGAGACGAGUACAGGAAUAAUGGAAUCUGCUUCAGGCGAUGCAGUUAUGGGUCAAAUGCCAAAAACUUUAAUGGCAUCAAAUGAUACACUGUUUAAUUUUGAAGAUACUUUGAGCGAUCAUACUGACAUUUUAAUGUCGCCUCGAAUAAAUACUGCUGGUUCUUCAACAUCGUCUACAUUAUCAAGACAAGAGUCGCAAGAUAGAAUUAGUAAUGAAAGAACUCCCACUAAUGAAGAUUUGCCAAAGAUGGCUAAUGACACCAAUAAAUGUCAAGAUGCCAUUAAUAUAUUGAAAAGUAAUAUCCUCUUACAUCCUUUAAAUCUCGAAUUGAAUAUUAUUGCCUCCAAUAAUUCUUGGCCAUUGGAUUUGCCCGAGGCACAACAAAUUAUAAAUGAUUUGUCAUCACCAGAACAAAAUAGAACUGCGGAUUCACUAUCAUUUGAACACGAAGACGUAACAUAUACAAUUGACGAUCAAAAAACGUGCGUUUCAUUUGUCUUAAAAAACGAUGAAGAGCGAAUUUCAGAAAUAAGUGAACCAUUGUUUGCUUCAGAAGGUGAUGACAAUGAUGAGGAUAAGGCAAGCAGCCUUAUAAUUGACGAUGCAAUUUCACUUGAUAUUGAUGAUGAUUUCCAUUUUGAAAUAAAUGAUGAAAACGGUAAUCAGCAUUUUAUUGACACAGAAAACGAUGAAAUUCAUUUGAACAAGAUAAAGGAAGAACAUUUGGGACAUGAUUCAAUCGAUAUACAUGAAAAGACGAAGUUGUCCAAUUUCGAAGUUGAUUCUUUUGAGCUAAAAGACGAAAAAAUACUCAUAGAUGAGAUGGAAACUGACUCAACUUUAGCUAGUCAAAAUUUGAAAAGUGUUUAUAGUAAUGAUUCUAUAACCGAUGCUAAUAAUUCAGUACAAAAUAUAAUCGAUAGUGUUGUUAAAAACGUAAUAAAAGAGCAAGUUUCAUCAGAAGACAAUGAAUCAAAGAAAGCACAGGAUAUCAGAGAAGUGUCCUGUAAUCAAUCUGUAAUGAGUACAUCAUUUUCAAAGGAAUGGAGCGAUGAUGAUUCAAGUCAUUCAAGCAUAGAAUUUAUGUAUGUAAAAGGUGGAAACGAAAAUGUCUUUUCAAAAACUGAAACAAACAAAGAAGAUACUAAGAGUAAACAAAAAAUUGAAAAAAAUCAAAAAAAGCAUCAAAAUGAUAAUGAUUUAGCAAAAACUGAAUAUCAUGAAUGGAAUAUUGAAACAAUGCCCCUUCGUAAUUCACCUAAAUUAGAACAUGUAGGUGAAUCAGAAGAUGAUACGUCCGGAGAGGAAGAAAGUGAAUUUAUUCCCUCAUGUUGGGAUCAAAGUCUGCAGCCAAGCAAAUCAUCACUAAAAAGUCCAGAGAAGGAAAAAGAAGAAGCUUGCAUUGAUCAAGAACAGGAUCAAGCUACAUUAAAGGCUAAACGACGUGUUGUAUUUAAAAUUCAGAGAUAUCACAAUGUUUACGAAUAUCCAAGUGAAGUAAUUCAACUCUCUCCUGCCUACAGCGAACCUCAAUUAUGGUCAAAUUAUCUACAUGACGGAAGCUUCUCUGUUGAUUAUUUUACAUAUUCAAAUCAAUUGUAUGAUAUUUCUAAUACUAUAGAUGAUGGGUUUAAUAUCUCAAGUACAUCGAGACCAUUCCAUGGUAAUAGCUUACUGCUUCAUAAUACAUGGCCAAAUGAAAAUGAUCACAACUUUUCGUGGUCUCAAUUUCAAGAUGAAAAUAAUGAAACAGGAAAUGUAGCCGAAAUUCCAUUAAAAAUUGAGUGGCCAAUAAGGAAGAACAUUGGUUUUGAUGAAGAUGAUUCUGGUUUAUGCGAAACCAGCGAAUCACCGUCUAUAGCAGAUUUAAAUUAUUCGAAAGAUUCUUUGCGAUUGCCCAUAGAACUAAUAAGUAGCAGUUGUAGUGAAGUUAGUGAUUAUAUGUCUAUCGAUACCAAAGAAGAAAUAGUUGCAACAAACCUUGAUGGUUCUAUAGAGUCAAAAAAAACUACAGAUCACGAUGCUGAUGUGUACAGCAACAAAUUAUCUAAUACAAUGCCAACACCUUCUGGUUCAAUGGAUUCCCUUUCUUCAAAUUCUCAUUCAAGUUCAUCGCCACCGCUAUCAUUCACUACUUUCGGGAAAAAAAAAACAUCACAAGAAAACGACGUGAUUGGAAAAAAGUCAAUAAUAUUCAUUGAUGAUGACCGAAGUGUCACACAGCUGGAACAAAAUGUAAAUCAAAAGCGAGCAAAAAGCAUUGAAGCAAUAGAGAUCAUUAAAGCUGUCAUUGGAAGUUCUGAUGAUGAUUCUGGCUUUGAAAAUGUCAAAUGUGAAGUAAAGUAAAUUGGAACACAAAACUAUAAAUUAUUUUAAUUUAUGAUAAAAAUUAAUAAGUACAUAAAUUAGUUAAAAAACUAGAGGAAAAAAAUCUAAGAUAUUCAGAACAAAUAUGAAAUAUCACUACAACCUAAAUGUUUAUAAGCAAAAAAAAACAUGACUGUUAAUAAUAUUGAAUACAUAAUUAUUUUCAUGUAUUUUUAAUAAUUUCCUAAUUUAUUUAUAUACUUUAAAAAAAUUAAUCCAUCGAUUUUUUUUACGUAUUAUGUGAUCGAUCUUUUAAUAACAGCAUUUUUAGUAAAAAAUUUUGAACAAA